UUGCGCAAUGGACGACUUAUCGAAUCUAGAACACAAAUCAACAGAGAAGAAACGGAAUUACUGCUGUAUUUGCAGUAAUUUUCGGGGAAAAUUGGUAGAUGGGAAACAAGUGAGGUUGCAUAGAUUUCCAGCCGACGAAAAAGUAAGAAAACUAUGGAUCAAAAGACUGAAAACUGUCAGCACUGGCUUCGUUUUGAAGAUCAAGAACGAUCGGCUGUGUUCAGCACAUUUUGUCGAUGGGGUCUACAACAGCAAGAACCAAAUUCCCAGUAUCUUCAUGGUGAACAACAAGCAGAAGAUCUUUAAAACAUCGGAGGUUGAGGAAGAAAGUUACACAACAGAGGCAUCUGCAAUCCUGCAAGAAAACGAAGAUAGCCGGGAGAGUGAUUGCUAUGAAAACACUUCCCUGAACUCCUGUUUUGUGCCAGAGCAUGUGUCAGUUCAAAUGCAUGACUAUAUAACUAGUUCUGUGAAGGAAACAUGUACUGUGACACAGACUCUACCAAAGCUUAUACAAACUGAUUGGAUCAUGUGUGACAUGGCUACACAGACAGAUCUCAGCUUAUCAUUGUUCCAAAAACUGACAUGUGACACAUCUUCACAGACUGAUAUGAAUAACUGUAGUAUUGAAAAAGACAUUGGGAUUCAGUGCAACAAACCGGAAUUGGUAGCUGAAGAUAUUGUAAGUGACGACAUGUGUAUGUUUUACACCGGCUUGCCAAACAAGGAAGUUUUCAAUGCAAUAUUUAGCGAACUGGACGAUGCAGAGGAAAGAACCAACCGAUCAGGAAAUGGGGAGAACAAGGGACGGCCUAGAACGCUUCGACUGGUGGAUGAAUUUUUGCUAGUUCUGAUGCGCUUGAGACUUGGUUUGCUUUUAGAAGACUUGGCGUACAGAUUCCGCAUUUCAAAAGCAACCUGCAGUAACAUUAAUAAGCAGUGGAUCAUGUAUCUAAGUGUGAAAUUGGCAUCAAUGAUACCAUGGAUAUCUAGAAGAUUUAUAAGAGAGAAUAUGCCAGCUAAAUUUAAGAAGUAUCCACACUGCAGAGUAAUAAUAGACUGUACAGAAUUUUACACGCAAAAUCCACAAUCAUUGGCUGCCAAAACAUUACUGUACUCACACUACAAAUCACACAUGACAUGGAAGGCCUUAAUAGGAAUUAGUCCCACUGGUGUGAUAACAUUUGUAUCAGAUUUGUGGAGUGGUGGUAUAAGUGACAAACAAAUCACUAUUAAAAGUGGUCUGCUGGAACUCUGUGAGGCUGGAGAUGCAGUUAUGGCGGACAAAGGAUUCUUAAUAUCAGACUUGACAACCCCAAGGGGGCUACACCUAAUAAUUCCACCCAUGAAAUUCCAGCGCUUUAAUCGCCGACAGGUGGAAGAAACAAGAAGAAUCGCAAAUCUUCGCAUAGAUGUGGAACGUGCCAUGGAAAGAUUAAAGAAUUUCCGCAUACUUCAAGGGGUUAUGCCGAUUACAAUGUCUAAACAAGCAUCGCAUAUACUCAAGAUAUGUGCUGCCUUGUCAAACGUUCACCCUCCCUUGAUACAGGAUAACUAAAUGAGAAAUUCUGUAAUGGCAUGUGUAAAAAUCUGCAUUCAAUGACUUAAUGCUUUGACAAAGUUAUAAAGUUCAUAAACACUUGCUUUACUAUUGCAACUUUUUUAAUUCUUUGAUUUAGUUCUUUAUGAAGGGAUGUUUCAAGGGAUUAAAUUCUGAAUUGUGUGAAAACUUUAAGGAGCAUAUCAACAGUUUAACAGCAAGUAUUCAAAAACGAACACAAAGUCAUUUUAAUAAAAAUCAAGGAACAACACUUAAUUAAAUCUUAUAGUUUUUUUUAAAUGUAUUACUUUCAGAAAAUAAAAUACAGUUUCUAGCUGUUGAUAUCCCCUUAAGACAAUAAAACAAUGAUUAUUCAAAUUAAUUGGUUUUAAAGUCAUAAGUUUUAUCAAAUAAAAAAAAAAUGAAUUAACCCUUUACCACUUUAAUAGAUACAUAUUUUGACGCAUUUGUACUCCCUUAGAAAGUUACAUUUAAUUAAAGACCUUUCUUACUAGAUUCAAGUUUUCAAGUCUUCAUUUCCAACCCUUAAAUACUGAUGAACAGCAAACAGCAUAAAACCUGAACAGACUGCGAGUUACUCGCAGGCUGUUCUGGUAUUUUGCUGUUUGCACAUAGCGAUUUUAUCUUCGCUUCUGAGUGGGAAUGGGUUAAAGAGGUAUUCUAAUCAUGCUUCUGAUAUUUCGCAGCAUUUCAUUGUGCGUUUGAAUAUUUAACGCGCUAUAUUUGUUUUGUUAAUUUAUUUGUUGUUGCUUGCAUUGAUAAUGAAUAAAGAUACAAGUACCAUU